CCGCGAGCCUAUAGUGAGUACCUUCUAGACGAGAAAAGUAAGUGACUUUUAUCAAUGCCCAUAUUCACUCUGCCUUGAACGCCCUCCUCAAUUCCCUCCUUAUAAUAGAGGCUUCUCAGCUCAAUUGUCCACACAUCCAUCCAAUCGCCCUUCUACAUCACCCCUCGAGAUUCCCCCCCACUUUGCCCCUCUAUUUCUGCGGUCAUCCUUCUGUUCAGCGAAUUGCUCUUCCACGGCUGAUACGCACCUCUACUACACAAAUUUUUAUUUUCUCCGACUACACACACACACACACACACACACACACACACACACAAUCUCCAAUAUGGCACCCCGCGGUCGUGGAGGAAAGUUCUCCAAGCCCACACGAGGAGGAGGCAAGAAGUUCAGUCGUGAUCUCCAAGGCACGGACAAAGACGGCAACCAAGUCGGUCUCUGGCGCGACAAAGAAGAUGAAAUCCCCUCCUCAAGCGAAGAAGAAUCUUCCUCGGAAGACUCCCAAGAAGAAAGCUCCGACGACGAACCAACCACCACCACCAGCACCACCGGCGGGCCUAGCACCCAACCGGGCGCCCCCAACGACCUAACCCGCGAAGCCCGGCGCGCCGCCGCAAAGGCCAAAAAGGCCGCCGCAAUCGCCAGACGCGACCGCGGCCCCGCCCAACCGGGCGACCUCCCCUCGGACAGCGAGACAUCCUCCUCCGAAGCCGACGACGCCGACCUCCCCGCGAACCCGAACCACAGCGCGAAGUCGCGGUCCCAGCUCUCCAAGCCCGACGAUGACGCGCAACCGAGCCGGCAAGGGGGUGCGGGUGCGGGCAAGAAAGCAGCCGUCAAGGACGUGUCGCAGCUGUCCCGGCGAGAGCGGGAGGCGCUCGAAGCGCAGCAAGCGCGGGAGCGGUAUUUGAAGCUUCAUGCGGAGGGCAAGACGGACGAGGCGCGGGCUGAUUUGGCUCGGUUGGCUAUUAUCCGGGAGCAGCGGGAGGCGGAGAGGUUGAGGAAGUUGGCGGAGAAGGAGGAGAAGGAUGAGGUGGCGAGGGAGAAGGCUGCGCUGGUGAAGGAGAGGGAGGAGAAGUUGAGGGCUGCUGCGAUGGGGAGGGGGAAGAAGGGGCCGCCGAAGAAGAAGUGAGAAGUGAGAAGUGAAGAGGGAGAAAGGAGAGAGGAGAGGUGAUUCUUAUCUAGGGACUAUGGGUGGUUGGGUUUGGGGUAUAUGGUGUUUGUAGGGAUCUUGAAGAUUUACCAAUACAUGAUGAAUGAUAUACAAUUGGAUGACUUUUGGUGUUGGUCUCGUUGGUGGGUGCUUGGAGAAGCCAGGACGAAUCCUGAUCUACUCGACUCGAAAUAUAGAUAGAUCUUAUCAGAUUAGGCUGCUCAGCUCCG